AUUGUCUUGUCUUGCGGCCAUUUCCACGGGACUCAAUUGCCAAUUAAUUGAACGCACAACAAGCCUCAAGCCGGCGUCUCGGAGGCUGUGGGAGCAGGUGCAGCGUGUCGUGGCUUCGGGGUGCCCGCAGGCAGCUUCACAGGUAGCCCCUGAAACCUUAUCUGGAUCCGGCUGGACAUCAUUAGACAUGACAUCCACUAUAGUGAGGAAGACGCUGGAAGCAAAUGAGGAGCCGGUGGAUGAGGUCCUCCAGAUGCCACCAUCUCUGCUGAUGUGCGGCGGGUGUCAGCAGAGCAUUGGUGACAGAUUCUUCCUAAAGGCCAUCGAGCAGUACUGGCACGAGGACUGCCUGAGCUGCGACCUGUGUGGCUGUCGACUCGGGGAGGUGGGCCGACGGCUCUACUACAAGCUGGGAAGAAAGUUGUGUCGGAGAGACUACCUCAGGCUUUUCGGUCAGGACGGUCUAUGUGCUUCCUGUGAGAAGAGGAUUCGAGCAUUUGAGAUGACGAUGCGCGUGCGGGACAAGGUUUACCAUCUGGAGUGCUUCAAGUGUGCCGCCUGCCAGAAGCACUUCUGCGUGGGUGACCGCUACCUCCUCAUCAACUCAGACAUUGUGUGCGAGCAGGACAUCUUUGAAUGGACCAAACUCAACAAUAACAACAUGGUUUAGCAGAAUGAAAAGUGUCACCCUGCCUUUUCCCACUGGCUUCAAAGGGAAUGAACCAUUGAUAAACUAGACUUUUUGCAGCCUGCAGGCGUUGUAAUACAUCUGACAUUCAUAUGAAAUUAUUUUAACACAGAAAUGAGAGGCUGCAUCUCUGCAUUGCUCCCUGCUGGAGACGAAUGAAGACUGCACCAGCAAUAACAGAAAGCUUUUCAUCAUAGGCUUCAUCCUUAAAUGCGAAGAAAAAAAGCUUGAAUACUGGCAAUACUUAAACAUGCAAUAAUAGUUGUUUGUUAUACACUGGAAUCUUAGAUCUUUAGCAAUGAACACAACUUAAGUCUUUGUCAAGUUUCUUUUAGUCAAACACUGUUUCAUCACCUCAAGAUCAUCUGUUCAAUGUGUGUUCAAAGUUUGUCAAUGAGAACUUCAGUAAGGUUUUAUUUUAUGGUUAGUAAAUUCCUGAGAAGAACUAUGUGACUUGGUAUUAAUUAUAUUGAAAAUAUAAGCUUUGUUAAAGGAGUUGCUCCAUCUAAAAUCCAAGUAAAUAUUCAUUCAUUAUUGGAAGCUUAAAUUCUCCAUUUAUGUUGAAUUGUAUGUUUGCCUGCGGACAAAUUUCCCGUUUGGAUGUAUAGCUAACCUGCUCGACUGACUGCAUCUAAAUUACAGUGUUAAUUAUUCGGAAAACAGAAUUAUUUACAAAAGAUUAGAAUUCACUAGGAAUUUACAGACCUGUAAAUUGUUACCAAAAAUGUUACGACAUGUUCAAGUUAUAGAUGCAGUACAAAGUCCAUGUCGAAAAAUCCUGAUCAGAAUGAUUGUGCUGUAUUACCAGGUUGAACUGGUGGCGCCCUCUAGUGAUCGAGGGAUUCCAUGCAAUACUCAUUUUACUGACUUUGGAGCUGUGUGUCUUUUGUAACUGUUACACCUCUUUGGACAUGCACUCAUGACUUUUUGGACAUUUACUAUUGAAUAAAUUUCGAUUUAGAGAAACACAGUUAA